GAUUUAAAACGUUUUUGAAGGAUACCUUGUAAAUCUAAGAGAGAGAGAGAGAGAAGAAGAAGAUUGUCAAGAGAGUUAGUUCUCUUAAAGAUAAACAGCCCAAGAAUGAUUCACCUGUAAGCUAAAUAGUGCUUCCAGAGUCCCAUGGACCAGGAGACGGUGUGUAUUAUAUAGUGUGUUUGUGAUUGGUCCUCGCACACCGGUCCUGCCAACGUGAGACCUCUCGCCGGUGUGCCGCCAUGUUGCACCGCGCAAUUCUUCGACUAGUCGCCUGCUGACCGCGACCGGGCUAACGUCAGCCUUAUGGAAACAUGAACUGAGCUCGGAAUGAUUUCUCGUCUUGUUCUUCUAGUUUUUUUUUAAUUCCCCCCCCCCCUGAAAAAAAGAGUUGCCCCCCCAUUUUAUUCAUUGAGGAUUUUAAAGAAGAAUUUUUGCCUCCUCCAAAAAAAGGUCGCGUCGGUGGUUUUGUAGUUUUAUAAUUCGCGUCAGUUUUUUUUUCUUUUUUAAUUUUGAGGUUUUUGUUGAUUUGUUUAAAAAUCGGUUUGAUUUUGAAAAGUGAUUCUUGGUGCGUGGCAGUGUGUGAGAAGAACACCACGGGGGUGUGCGAUGGCGCUGGCUGCGGAAUCGCGGCGGCCCUGCACCGUCGCUUCCGGUGGUGAUCGUGUAAUCGGAAGUAGCGGAGGCUCCUACUUCCGAAGAAUCAGGACACCUUGUCUUUUCGCUCUCGGAAUCUUUCUUCUUUCCCAUGUGGCAGUUAUCAGUGCUAUUAAAGAAAUCGGCGAUGGAGUUGGUUGUCCGAUGGGAAUGUUCAGAUGUACUGACGGAAAGUGCAUCCCAUCCCUCUGGGUCUGUAACUAUCAAAAGGAUUGCGAUAAUGCAGAGGACGAGUUCCAGUCAUGCCGACCGCCUGAGUGCGAGCUUGGACAAACGUCAUGCGGCCAGUAUAUAUUUAAUAAAACUUACUGCAUACCUCCCCAUCAGAGAUGUGACAUGACAGUAGACUGUGUUGAUGGCACCGACGAGGCCGGAUGUAAUUACAGGAAAUGUCAGACGGACGACUUCAGGUGUAGCGGAACGACACCUGAGUUCUGUAUACCAAAAGAAAAAAAAUGUGACGGCUAUUUGGACUGUCGAAAUGAAAAGGACGAAGAAGACUGUCCCACUACAAAUCCUCCAUGUAGACUAGAUCAAUUCAGAUGUAAUACGACGCAACAUUGUGUGGAACAAUCCAUGAGAUGUAACCACAGGGACGAUUGCGGUGAUAAUAGUGACGAAGCACACUGCAAUUUUCCUGAUUGCACUGCAGAUCAAUUUCGAUGCGCAAAUGCACUUUGCAUACCGGCGUCCUAUAAAUGCGACGAUUACAGAGACUGUGGCGAUGGAUCUGAUGAAGAGAAUUGUCCGCAAGUGGAAUGUCCCGAUUCGAAAUUCUUAUGUCCUAAAGGUUCUCCAGGUGGCAAGCCAAAGUGUAUCAACAGAACGCAAUUGUGUGAUGGGAAACAAGAUUGUGAAGAUCGGGCUGACGAAUUAACUGCUUGCUCAACAAUUCUGUGCAAUAGUUUAGGAUGUCAACAUAAAUGCCAAGCCUCUCCGGCCGGAGGUGUUUGCUCUUGUCCAGAGGGACGAAUACUAGCAAAUGACUCAAGAUCUUGUAUAGACAGAGACGAGUGCAUGGAAUGGGGUUUUUGUGAACAACUUUGUAAAAACACUGACGGCUCCUACAUAUGCAGUUGUGCUCCUGGUUUUGAAUUAAUUGGAAAAAAUGCCUGCCGAGCAUUGAAAACAAGUCCACCACUCGAACUAUUAUUAGCCCAAGAUCGAACAAUUUGGCGAAUGGAAGCAACUGGACUCAAUCGAAAAUUAAUUGCCAAUACAACGGGAGCGAGUGGUGUUGAUUUUCUCUACAAUCGAAAUCUUCUCUUCUGGAGUGACAUAAAAACAAGGAGAAUUCAUUCACAAUCAUUAAGUGGAAAUCAAGCGAAUUCAGACGUUGAUAUUUCAUUGCCCGGCUCAUGGGUACCAGUGGCAAUAGCCGUUGAUUGGGUUGGCGAGAAACUCUACGUUGUCGAUUCGAUAGUGCAAAAAAUCGAUGUCUUUGAAUUGGACGGAAGAUUUCAUGGUAUCGCACUUGGAUCAAAUCUCACGAGUCCCGCUGAUAUUUCACUCGAUCCAACGAGGGGUUUAAUGUUCAUUGCCGACAGUAAACAAGUUCUCAGGGCGAAUAUGGAUGGGACUAAUACGAUGGCUAUCAUUUCGGAAGCUGCCUAUCGUGUCACCGGUGUGUUUGCGGAUAUUAUUGCGAAGAGGAUUUAUUGGUGUGAUUCACUGUUGGAUUAUAUCGAGACGGCUGACUACAUGGGCAGGAAUAGAGUGAUGAUUCUUCGGGGGACGCAAGUUCCGGCGCCGAUGAGAUUGACGCUUUUUGAGAAUAAAGUCUUCUGGACGGAUACGACGAAGCAGGCGGUGCUGAGCGUUGAGAAGAAUGGUGGGGAGUUUUCGAUUUUGAAUAUUUUUAAGGCGAAGGAUCCGAAGGCGGUGAAGGCACUUCAUGCGUCUGUUCAGCCGUCGGUGCCGAAUCCAUGUGGAAUUAAUAAUGGAGGUUGUCAGCAUAUGUGUAUCGUGACGGCGGCGGCGGAUCGUGACUCGGGUUUGGCGUAUCGUUGCGCUUGUAACAUUGGUUGGAGACUGACGGACGAUCUACGAAAUUGUCAACUCGUGAGGCAGUUUCUGAUGUACUCGCAGCAGAGGUUUAUCAAAGGUCGUGUUCUCGAUCCGGCGAUGGAGGGUUUCAGUGACGCUAUUUUGCCGGUCGUUUCCCGACGAGCGCGAUUCGUGGGUUUGGAUUUCGACGCUAGGGAUCAGUACAUCUACUACAGUGACGUCCUCCAGGAUGUGAUUUACCGAGUUCGGCAAAAUGGAACCGGUCGAGAAAUUGUGCUGGCCAGUCAAAACGAGGGAGUCGAGGGUUUGGCGGUCGACUGGGCCUCAAAGAACUUGUACUACAUCGACUCGAGGAAAGGAACUCUGAAUGUCCUCAGCACCAGGAAUAUCACGUAUCGUCGAACUUUGCUCAAACAUCUAAAAAGACCGAGAGCUAUCGUCAUUCAUCCGAAUCAGGGUUUCAUCUUCUUCUCGGAGUGGGACCGACCGGCGAAUAUAAGCAGAGCUCGUGCGGAUGGUUCGAACUUGGUCGUCUUCAAGAACCUCACUCUCGGCUGGCCAAAUGGUCUCGCCAUCGAUUUCGGCAAAGAUCGUCUCUACUGGUGUGACGCAUUACUCGACCAUGUGCAACACUCCAAUUUAGAAGGCACUGACGUCAAGACUGUCAAUUCCCGACUCAUUCGACAUCCGUUUUCGAUUGCCAUUUACGAGGAUUGGAUGUACAUAACCGACUGGCGAUUGGACGCGAUAAUUCGAUUGCAUAAAGAAACGGGUGAGAAGGAAGUCGUUUUGGUUCGCGAACCGGACACGAAUCGACUCUAUGGAGUGAAGGUGUACAGUCCCGAUAUUCAGAAACCACACACCGAUCAUCCUUGCACGAUAAAUAAUGGUGGUUGCGAAAAACUCUGCUUCGCAGUCCCCAGGAAUAGUAGUUCGAGAUUUUUACCUUCGAGAUUGACGAGAGUUUGCGGUUGUCCCUACGGUGAGAAACUCCGAGACGAUGAGGUUUCUUGUGUUGAGGAUCCGGAAGCUGAACCACCCGUGCAAGCUUGUCCGAACACUUGGGAUUUCACCUGCGCUAAUCAACGAUGUGUGCCACAAUCUUGGGUCUGUGAUGGUGAUGACGAUUGUCUCGACAACAGUGAUGAGAUGCAAAAUUGUACGAAACCGACGUGCGGGACUAAUGAAUUCCAAUGUAAAUCCGGUAAAUGUAUUCCAUUGAAUUUCCGCUGUGACGCAGGGAAUGAUUGCGGUGAUUUCAGUGACGAGAUGAAUUGUCCGAAUGUGACCUGCGGUAGUGAUCAAUUUACCUGCAAUAAUAAUCGCUGUAUUCCAAUCGCUUGGAAAUGUGACUCGGAAAAUGAUUGUGGGGAUAGUUCGGAUGAGGGCGACUUUUGUGCGGCGAAAACUUGUUCUUUUUCACAGUUCACUUGUCCACGUUCCGGACAUUGUAUACCAAAGUCCUGGGUUUGUGAUGGCGAUAACGAUUGUUUUGACGAUCAGGACGAGAAGAAUUGCCCGCCGAUUACUUGUUUGAGUAAUCAAUUCGCUUGUGCGGAUCAGAAGACGUGUAUCAAUAUAACUUAUAAAUGUGAUGGCUUCGACGAUUGUCAUGACAGGAGUGACGAACUUGAUUGUCCGGUUAUUAUCAAACCGCCAUGUAAUCCGAAAACGGACUUCCAGUGCGAUCGAUCGAAAGUAUGUGAUGAUAACUCAGACGAUCCGGAAUCAUGCCCUGAUGUUGAGUGUCAGCCAGAAUUUUUCAGAUGUGAUAAUCAGAAGUGUGUUUUCAAGACUUAUAUUUGCGAUGGAAAAGAUGAUUGUGGAGAUGGAUCGGAUGAGAGUAUCGAGCGGCAUGCCUGCAAGGCGCCUGAGUUUAAAUGCCCGGCGAAUCAGUGGAAGUGUCCGAAUGCGACGAAAACGUGUAUUAAUGUGACUAGUGUCUGUGAUGGUAAAUCGGACUGUCCGAAUGGAUCUGACGAGGGUUAUAAUUGUAUAUUUACGGAGUGUACACGACAAGGGGGACUUUGCAGUAAUGGUUGUAUACAGACGCCUUUCGGUGCUGAGUGUACCUGCCCACCUGGGGAAGAACUCGCGACUGAUGGCUACACUUGUCAGGAUUUGAACGAAUGCGAACCGCCUGGUAGAUGUUCGCAGGUCUGUAUGAACACGAAAGGCAGUUAUUAUUGCAAUUGCGUCGAUGGCUAUGUUUUGGAACGGGAUAAGCAUACUUGUAAGGCUUUGAAUCACAGUGCGGCUUUCUUGAUCAUUUCCAAUCGACACACGAUUCUAGUUGCUGAUCUGCAGGAUCAAGCUCUUGAACGAGUGCCGAUAAAUGUUGAGAAUGUUGUUGCGACGUCGAGCAACAUGCACACGGGCACGAUUUUCUGGUCUGAUAUGAAGUUGAAGAAGAUUUCCCGCCUAGAUCGGAAUAGUGAUCCACAGGAUAUCAUAUCGACUGGUUUGGAUUUGGUCGAGGGUUUGGCGUACGAUUGGAUUGGACAGAAUCUCUACUGGUUGGAUUCGAAGUUGAACACUAUUGAAGUUUCCAAAGAGACCGGAAUGAAUAGAAUGGUUCUUGUGAAGGAGAAUAUAACCCAACCGCGUGGAAUGUGCCUGGAUCCGAGUCCGGGUGCUCGAUGGCUCUUCUGGACAGACUGGGGCGAGAAUCCAAGAAUCGAAAGAAUCGGUAUGGACGGUACCGAGAGAUCGAUUAUUAUCAACACGAAAAUUUACUGGCCGAAUGGCUUGGCUCUUGACAUUGCCAACAAGAGGGUCUAUUUCGCUGACAGUAAACUCGAUUUUAUUGACAGUUGUCUCUAUGACGGGAGCAGUCGAAUUCAAGUUCUUGCCGAUUCGCAUUAUCUACUUCACCCGCAUUCGUUGACUCUCUUCGAGGACGUCAUGUACUGGACGGAUCGUCAACUUAAUCGAGUUCUCUCUGCUCACAAAUUCCACGGUGUGAAUCAAACGGUUGUCUCUCAUUUAAUUUCCCAACCGCUGUCGAUUCAUGUCAAUCAUCCGGUACUGCAGCCGAUUACUCCGAAUCCUUGCGCGAAUGCCUCGUGCUCUCAUCUCUGUCUUCUUUCACCGAAGGGUACGAAUGGCUACAGUUGCAAGUGUCUCGUUGGUUAUAAAUUAUUGUCCGACGGUCGUUGCAUCGAGGAGGAAAAUGCGUAUUUGAUGGUGCUUCGAGGAACACAGAUCAUAGACGUUUCGCUGAUACCAGGCGAUACGAAAACGGGUUUCAUCACUCCGGUCGUUGCGGUCGAGAAUGGACGAUUUAUCGACUACGACAGAACUGAUCAUAUUAUCUACUGGUUACAAGGAAAGGACGGCGAUGACGAGAAUGGUACCAUUUACACAACACCCUACAGCGGAGGAAACAGAACCGAAUUCCCGAAUGCGAACGGAGACACAGGAAUCGUAGGAUCUGCGUCGACACUUGCGUUCGACUGGCUUGGAAGAAACUUGUUCAUUGGUAACAAAUACGCUUCGAAUAUCGAGGCUAUUAAAGUCGACGGAAACAUCAGAUACAGGAGUAUUGUUCUUUCGAAUCACGGAAAGGACACCAGUGUCGCGAAACCGAGAUCAAUGUGCGUGGAUCCGCUAGAAGGUCACGUCUUCUGGGUCGAUGAGGGUGGAUUCGGUGUUCCUGUAAAAAUCGGCCGAGUCAAUAUGGACGGAACGAAUGCGAUAAUUCUUCUCUCGAAUCUCGAUAAUCCGGAAGCAAUCACAAUAGACAUUCCUAGUAAGACAGUUUAUUUCAGUACAGCCAGAGCGAUAAAAUCGAUGACAACCGAUGGACAGGGUCUGCGAACUAUUCUCACAGAAAUUAAUAAUCUGAUGCUCCCGAAAGCACUCGCUGUUCAUGACAAUAAACUCUACUAUUUGGAUCCGAAGUACGAGAAAAUAGAGAGAGUGAAUUUGCCGAAUGGGGAUAAUCCAACUUUGAUCAUGAACGGAGAGGUUGAUUUGAAGACACUCACAAUUUACAAGAAACGUGCAAUCGGUUCUCAUUCUUGUCUGGUAAACAACGGAGGUUGUGAUCAGUUGUGCCUCCCCUCAGCCGGUGGAACCAGAGUCUGCGAUUGCGGCGUUGGCUACAGAAAAACUGCCGACACUCGCUGUGAACCGUACAAAACAUUUGCGGUCGUCACCCAACUCGACGUUGUUCGCGGCUACAGUUUGACCGACUCGAAAGAAGCAAUGGUCCCCAUCGCCGGAAUUGGUCAUCACAUUCUACACGUCGAUGUCGACUACGCCAACAAUUGGAUCUACUGGGCGGAAUUCAACCGAGGCUACUGGAAUGGUAUUUUCCGUGUGCGACCCAAUGGCACACAACUCGAGCACAUCGUCAAGAGUGGAGUCGGUUCCAAUGGAAUUCGAGGAUUGACUAUUGACUGGAUCGCCGGAAAUGUGUAUUUUGCCAAUGUCUUCCCACACGACAAUUACGUUCAGGUUUGUCGCCUCGAUGGAAGUAAUCGUAAAGUUCUGGUCAAGACAACAACGGACGCGCCUAGAGAACUUGCCGUUAAUCCCAUCAAGAGAAUUCUCUACUGGAUCGACUAUGGACAGUAUCCAAGAAUCGGAAGAGCGAAUCUAGACGGUAGUAACUGGACCACAUUGAUCACGAGCGGAAUCAGCACUCCUCGUGACUUAACCAUUGAUAUCACCACAAACGAUGUCUACUGGGUCGACUCCAAACUCGACAUGAUCCAAAAAGUCUCCUAUUCAGGCGGUAAUCGUGAAAUUAUUCGCAAAAAUCUACCGAAUCCGAUUGGACUCGCGAUUUUCGGUCAAGACAUGUACUGGGUAGAUCGCAACCUCGAUACUGUUUACAAAGCGAGCAAACUUUCUGGAAACUACACUCUUCCAAUGUCAAUCAGAACGAAUCUUCAAAAGUUGAGAGAUAUCGCCAUUUUCGAUCCAUCCGUUCAGCCGAUGGACGAGAGUAAUCCCUGUAAGGGAAGUUCGAACGGUGGUUGUGAUCAACUCUGCUUUGCCCUUCCACCCGAGAGUCACAUGACAAUAAAGUGCGAUUGCGCCACCGGAAAAUUGGCGGCAGACGGAAAACGAUGCGAGAACGUCGACGAGUAUCUUGUCUUCGCCACUAGAACCGAAAUUCGUGCCAUUAACCUCGAUCCAAAAUCGACGAACGUACCUUUCAAGCCUAUUAAAAAUUUGACAAAUGUCGUCGGUGUCGAUUUCGAUUACCAGGACAAGAAAUUAUUCUUCACACAAAUUCGACCUUGGGCCAUGAUUGCUUGGCUCAAUUCAGACAAUCCAGCUUCUACAAAACCGGAAAAAAUCAUCAGUAAAGGUAUCAAUCCGGAGGGAAUUUCCUACGAUUGGACACAGAAGAAGGUUUACUGGACCGACUCCUCGAAUAACAGUAUCUAUGCCAUGAAUAUCGACGGCAAGGAUUUGGUAAUGAUCGCCAGAGUCGAUCGACCAAGGGCAAUUGUCGUCGAUCCUUGCAACGGAUCAUUGUACUACACCGAUUGGGGACGUUUCGGAACGUCGGGGAAAAUUUUCCGAACUUCCAUGGCGGGAUCUUUGAAAAAAGCCAUUAUUGACAAGGAUCUUUCCCAACCUAGUGGAUUGGCUAUUGAUUACGAGGAGAGAAUGCUCUACUGGACCGAUGCUGUUAGGGAGAAAAUCGAGAGGUCGGAUCUGAAUGGUAAAAAUCGAGAGAUUCUGAUCAGUGCGACAAUUUAUCCGUUUGCGAUCACAGUGUUCAGGGAGCAUAUCUACUGGACUGAUCUCCAACUCCGGGGGGUUUAUCGAGCGGAAAAGAAUACGGGCGCUAAUAAAGUGGAGUUGGUCAAGCGUCUUGAGGACUCACCGCGGGAUCUUCAUAUUUACUCUCCCGGCAGGCAGCAAUGUAAGGUGAAUCCUUGCAAUAUUAAUAAUGGAGGUUGUGAUCAAUCUUGUCAUCCAGGUCCAAGUGGCGUUGCGGAAUGUAAAUGCGACGAUAACAGUCGAUUGGUGAACGAGGACCGAAUGUGUGUUUCGAAGAAUGUGACCUGUGAUAGUAAUAAAUUCGCCUGUAGGAAUGGAAGAUGUAUUUCUAGAAUGUGGGCCUGUGAUGGAGACAAUGAUUGCGGGGAUGGAUCGGAUGAAGACACGAAUUACUGUUCUUAUCACUCUUGCAGUCCCAAUGAAUUCCGCUGUAACAACGGACGGUGUAUUUUCAAAUCCUGGAAAUGUGAUCACGAGAACGAUUGUCGGGACGGUAGUGAUGAGGAGGGUUGCGUGUAUCCUCCCUGCGCCGCUGGGGAAUUUACCUGUGCGAACUAUCGCUGUAUUCCACAGUCUCAGGUCUGUAACGGGGUGAAUGACUGUAAGGACAACGUGACUUCCGACGAGACUCAUGAAUUGUGUCCCAAGAACACUACUUGUCCGGCAAAUUAUCUGAAGUGCGAGAAAACGAACAUCUGCGUCGAGCCCUAUUGGCUCUGUGAUGGCGACAACGAUUGCGGCGACAACAGCGACGAGAAUCCUCUUCAUUGCGCUCAACGGACCUGUCCACCGAACAGUUUCCGCUGUCCGAAUCAUCGAUGCAUUCCUGCUACUUGGUACUGCGAUGGCGACGAUGACUGUUUGGACGGAAGCGACGAACCGCCUGGCUACUGUCAAUCGGAGGGUCGAACCUGUUUCGGCGACCUCUUCACCUGUGACAACGGAAAUUGUAUUCCUAGAAUCUACAUCUGCGAUGGUGAUAAUGAUUGUCUGGACAACUCCGACGAGGACGAACGACAUCAGUGUAACGAUCGGAAAUGUGACGAGGAGACCGAGUUCACUUGUACGGCUAAUAAACUCUGGAACCGAGCGCAGUGCAUUCCGAAAAAAUGGCUUUGCGAUGGUGAUCCUGAUUGUGUGGACGGAGCUGAUGAGAACGUGACCCUGCACCAUUGUCCGGCACCAACACCUUGCUCGGAGAAUCAAUUCGCCUGUACGAAUGGACGCUGUUUGAAUAGAAGUUGGCUUUGUGAUCACGACAACGAUUGUGGUGAUGGCAGUGACGAGGGUAAAUUCUGUCACAAUCGGUACAAGACCUGCACGGAGAAUGAAUUCACCUGUCAGAAUUUCAAAUGUAUUAGAAAACAGUUCCACUGUGAUGGUCAGGAUGAUUGUGGUGACUAUUCGGACGAAGUGAACUGUCCGUCGAAGAAGAAGAAUACGACGUGUCCGAAUCCUGGGGAGUUUAUGUGUGCGAAUGGAAAUUGCAUCGAUCAGCAAUUGGUUUGUAAUAAGGAGCCGGAUUGCGCUGACGAGAGUGACGAACCGGCUCAUUGUAAUGUUGACGAAUGCGCUCGAGUUGAAUUGAAUCAAUGUGGACAUCGUUGCGUUGAUACUCCGACGAGUUACUAUUGUGAGUGUAAUUCUGGUUAUAAACUACUGGAUGAUGGAAAAGCUUGCGCUGAUAUUGAUGAGUGUAUCGAGACGCCGCAGGUUUGUAGUCAGCAGUGUGAGAAUACACCCGGACACUUUUACUGUAAGUGUAAUGAGAAAUAUUACGAUCGAGCGGCUGAUGAGCACACAUGUAAGCGAAGGGAUAAGAUUCCACCGUGGAUUGUUUUCACGAACAAGUAUUAUGUGAGGAAUAUGUCGGCGGACGCGAAACAGUAUGCGCUGAUGCAUCAGGAUUUGAUUAAUGUAGUGGCGCUGGACGCUGAUUAUCAGGAGGAAAUGUUGUACUUCUGUGACGUGACGGCGAAGACAAUUUACAGGGCGCCAAUUGCUGGAGGUGAGAGACAGGCGAUUAUUCGUCACGACAGUCUUGGUCUGGAGGGAAUUGCGAUCGAUUGGGUGGGACGAAAACUCUACUGGCUCGAUAGGCACGCGAAGCACUUGGACGUUGCGGAAUUGAAUGGAACGAAUAGGAAGACACUGUUGAGUGGAAUUUCUGAUCCUAGGGCUAUUGUCGUUCAUCCAGGAACUGGACAUUUGUAUUUCACCUCUUGGCACUUGCAGGCGUAUAUUGGACGAGUUGGAAUGGACGGAAGUAACUUUAAACAGAUUCUAAACUGGGAGGACGAUAUCGCUUGGCCGAAUGCUUUGACGAUUGAUUACUUCACGGAUCGGAUAUUCUGGGCCGAUGCUCAUUUGGAUUAUAUCGCUUUCGCUGAUUUGGAGGGCAAGAAUCGACGAAUUGUUCUUUCGGGAGCGAAAGUUCCGCAUGUUUUUGCAAUGACUGUGUUUGAUGAUCAUAUUUAUUGGACGGACUGGAAUUUGAAGGCUAUUAGUAAGGCGGAGAAAUUCUCCGGUGAUCAUAUCACGCUUUUGAGGAAUACUACACAUCGACCUUAUGAUAUUCAUGUUUAUCAUCCGCUACGUCAACUUCCGUAUCCAAAUCCUUGCGCGCAAAAUAAUGGAGGUUGUUCACAUUUGUGUCUGAUUGCUCCUCCUGCAAGUUCGUAUUUGUUGGAAGGAUACGGUCGACCUGGAAUGACUUCUUUCAAAUGUAUGUGUCCCAAUCAAUUUAUUUUGGAUAAGGACAACAAGACCUGCAUUGCGAAUUGCACGACUGGCCAACAUCGAUGUGGAGCACCUGAUGAGAAAUGUGUACCUUGGUUCUGGAAAUGUGACGGAGAAAAGGAUUGCAAGGACGGUUCAGACGAGAGCAAUUGUCCGGCGAGAACCUGUCGCGCUGGCGUAUUCCAAUGUACAAAUGGUCAUUGCGUUCCGAGCAAUAGCGUUUGCGAUGGCAUCGACGAUUGCAAAGACAACAGCGACGAAGGAAAUUGUUCAUUGGAAUGUUCCGCUCUAGAGUUCAAAUGCAAAUCCAGUGGUCGAUGCAUACACGAGUCUUGGAAGUGUGACGGCGACGCUGAUUGCAAAGACGGAAGCGACGAAGAUCCAGCAAUUUGUCACAACAGAACAUGCGAUCCAAAUACAGAAUUCAGUUGCAAGAAUGGCAAGUGCAUACCAAAAUUGUGGAUGUGCGAUUUCGAUAAUGACUGCGGUGACGACAGCGACGAACCGGCUUUCAUGUGUCGGCAGAGAAAUUGCACGACCGGUUGGCAACGUUGUCCGGGACAGGCGAACUAUCGCUGCAUUCCUAAAUGGCUGUUUUGCGAUGGAAAAGACGACUGUCGUGACAAUUCGGACGAGAAGCCAGAGAGUUGUCCAUCUUGCGAUAAUAGUACGGACUUUAAAUGCGCGAACAAUCGAUGCGUGCCGAAGCAGUGGUUGUGCGAUUUCGCUGACGACUGCGGCGAUGGUAGCGAUGAAGCUGAGGCAAUUUGCAAGGAUAAAUAUCGAAAAUGCUCUGAAUCGGAAUUCCAAUGCAAGAACGGCAAGUGCAUUGCGUCAAGAUGGCGAUGUGAUCACGAGGACGAUUGCGGAGAUUUGAGCGAUGAACGGGAAUGUCAGAAUUUCAAGUGCAAGAAUGAUACAUAUCAAUGCAACAGUGGUCACUGUAUCGCAUCUUAUUUACGAUGCGACGGCGCGAGAGACUGUCACGACUUCAGUGAUGAGAUUGGAUGUCCGGCAAGAUAUCCUGGUGGAAAAUACUGUCCUCAAACACACUUCCAAUGCGAUAAUAAUCUCUGCGUUUCUCUUACUGACAGAUGUGACGGUACAGACGAUUGCGGUGACGGUUCAGAUGAAAAUAUUAGCAUGUGUGCAACGUUCCCAUGCGAUCCGAUACGAAGAUUCCAAUGCGCCAAUCACAAAUGUAUUCCUAAAUACCAACUUUGCGAUGGAAUUGACAAUUGUGGAGAUGGUUCGGACGAAAAUAACAUAACCAUGUGCGCUGUCAGAAUUCGAACCUGUGAUCCAAUUUCCGAGUAUCAGUGUGCCAAUAAACACUGUAUUGACCGUUUGAAAGUUUGCGAUUUGUCUGACGAUUGUGGAGAUAAAUCUGAUGAACUGGGAUGCCAUAUGAAUAAACACUGCUCGGAUCUUGACAGAGGCGGUUGCUCGCAUUAUUGUCUAAACAUCACAGACAAUCGUUACAUAUGCGGUUGUUACGCCGGAUACAUAACAUCGAAAUUAAAUAACAAGCAUUGCGAGGACAUCAACGAAUGCGUGGAGGGUACACAUCAUUGUUCGCAAUUGUGCACAAAUCUUAAUGGCACUCAUGCAUGCUCAUGUCGUCAAGGAUUUAAACUUUCCGAUCAAAUCAGCGGAGUUUGUCGUGCAGAGGAAGUGAAUGCUUUGGUUAUUUAUGCCAAUGGACCGGAAAUUCGUGCACUCGAUAUCCAUAAACGAGACGAAAUGCUUGUAAUGACGAACGAAAAACGUGUCAAUGCCAUUGAUUUCGAUCCAAGAAAGGAAUACGUCUAUUGGAUCGAUGGAUACGAUCAUCGAAUUAAACGUUCGUUCAUGAUUCACGCAAAGAAUGGUGACGCUAAAAUUGGAUUUGCCCAGGAUCUUAAUAUUCAGACGCAAGAUUAUAUACCGACGAGUUUGGCGAUCGACUGGGUGGCUGAGAAUCUCUACUGGACGGAAGUGGACGACACGGGUCCAAGGGACGUGGGCCGAGUUGUAGUCGCCAAAUCCGAUGGUAGAUAUCGUCGCAGUAUUGCCCAAGUGGAACAUCCAACGGCUGUCGUUGUCGAUCCUCAAUUGGGAAUUUUAGUUUGGGCCGAUGCGGGUUCGUUCGCGAAAAUUGAGGGCGCCUGGAUGGACGGAAGUAAGCGCAGAGUUCUGGUAUCCGAUCGAUUGGGAAGACCUUCGGCGCUCGCAAUCGAUUACGCCAUGGAUCAUACGCUCUAUUGGGCCGACAGUAAACUGAAUACAAUUGAAUCGAUUCGAUUGAAUGGCGCCAAUCGACAGGUGAUACUCCGAGGAUUAAAGAAUCCAAUAUCAAUCGAUGUGUUUGAGAAUAUUUUGUACUGGACAACGAGGAGUAGUGGUGAGCUGAUAAGACAGGACAAAUUUGGACGUGGUGUUCCACAGACGGUGAAGGCGAAUUUAGAAACUACUGGUGGGGCGAAGAUUUAUCAUCGUCUUAGAUAUAAUACAUCGUUGAUUGAUCCUUGCGUCUCGUCGGGAUGCACUCAUCUCUGCGUGGCGAUUCAUGGUGGACACAGAUGUCUUUGUCCGGAGAAUGGACGACCGAGAGAAGCUCACGCGAGUCAAAUGCAUUGCGAUGCCACGGAGGAGAGACCAAAACCAGCGCCGAGAAUUUGUCAAUGUCAGAACGGUGGUUUCUGCUCGGAAGCGGAAAAUAAUGAAUUGACGUGCGAGUGCCAAAAUGAUUAUCAAGGCCAGUAUUGCGAGGUGCUUCCGGCUUCGACGAGAUCCGGAAGUUCCACUGCCGCCAUUGUUGUUCCUAUCGUUGUUUCUAUUCUGGUCUUGCUUGGUGCCGCUGCCGUUAUUCUUGUUCUCAAGAAACGGCCAUUUGGUAAACCAGGUGGACUUGCCAGUCUAACCGGUGCUCAAAGUGUCUCCUUUAGACAAGGAAGCAAUGUCGAGUUUGGCGGAUCUUCGACGGAGCGAAUGGAGCCCCUCGAUGUGGAAUACAACCUUACCGAAGUAAACACCAAAAACCGAGACUUUAGUAAUCCAAUGUACGACGCUGUUAAUCUGGAAUCUGGCAAUACAAACGGAACCAGUGGCAGCGGUAUUUAUGAAGUUCCUGCGGAAAUGAAACCUUCCAGCAUACAACACAAAGAAGCACCUCAACUUCACUUUAAGAGACGCGAGUUAGAUCCAACGCCCAUCGAUUCGGGAAAAGACACUCAACAAUUAGUGGAAGAGGACAAGUCAGAGUGUUAGUUUUUAGAAAAAAAAAUAAGUACUUUUCCAUCAAUUGUGCCUUGAUCUUGAAUUUUUUUCAAUGAGCGCACUCACAAGAAGAAGAAAAAGAAGAAAAGAAAAGAAUACUCGAGAACUCUUAGUAAGUGAAGUUGCUUCAAUUUCAAAAAGCAAUUGUGAUUGUAAUCGCUUUUAAAUGAGUUUUAGCGCGAAUGGUGAACGUUUUAAAUAAGUUUUUUAUACAAAAGAUUUUAAAUAAUGUUUUUUUCUUCUGAUUUUUUAAGUUUUUAAACAAAGAUUUUAUAAAGCGGGAAUCAACGCUAUUCCCAUUAUAUAAAGUGUCAUAAAAAUUCACUUGUUGAUACCGUUUAUUUUUUUUUGUCAUCAGAUUUUGGAAUCAUUUUUUAAAACUCGGAUAAAUCUGACAUUUUAAUUUUUUUUAAAUACUUAUAUAUUUUAGUUACAGAAUUUUUUACGAAGUUUUUAAAAUCUAAAAAAAAACAAAUGAAUAAUUGUUCAAUAAAAGUGACGAUAAAAUGACAGAUUUUUCCGAGACAUAUAUGGGAAUUGUCUUAUAUAUUAUAAAAGAGGACCAGACAAUGUUUAUUUAAUAAUUAUAAUUAUAUUAUAAUAAUAAUUACCGUUGUAGAAAAGAAAGCUCGAGAUCAGACUGCAAUAGGCAGAGUACGAUCGUGUCAUUUUUUUAGGUGUGAUUGUAAGUCUUGUAAAUAUAAUAAUUACGAUAUAUUGAAAUCAUUAUUAUAUCUGUGUACCAUAAAAAAAGCGCAAUACAUUCCAUUUACACUCAAAGUUCUUGGUUUUGAAGAAUAAUAGAGAGUGUAGUGAUAGCGUUAUAAUGGCGUGAAAGCGUUUAUUUACUACGAAGGGUACAUGUAAGUAAAUUUGUAUUUUUUAACAAGUAUUUUUGUAUGAAAGACGAAGGAAGAGUUUAUAUUUAAGGAAGUUUGAUCCAUUGGCAAAAUUUCAAAUUCAGCACUUUUUUCAGAAUUUAUACAAAAAAAAUGAAUACUUUAAAUUAUGUAAAAUUUAAAUACUAAAAUUAUUUAAAUAUUAAAUUAAAAACUAAAUUAUACUAUUAAUUUAAAUUCGAAUGCUUUAAAUAAUCAAUUAUUUAAUUACAUUUAUUUUAAUAUAUUUCAAUUUCGACUGCAAGUUUGAAAUAAUGUCAUAGGUUUAAAAAUCCCUUUUAAAAAAAAAGUGGCCAAUCAGGAACUGAUAAAUAGGCACGUUGUUUAUUUUAUUUUUUUUUAUUAUUAUUAUAAAUGGUGAAUGAAUUUUGUCAUUGCGCGAUUUGUUAAAAAUCUUUAUUAUAUAAAUGUUAAACUGAACGAUUGGUUACGUUAUAUAAAUAAAUGUUUUUUUUUAAAUAAUAGAAUAACGCUCAGAAUAUUAUUGAUCGGCCACGUAAAGAUUAUUGUACAUUUUCUUUUAUUAGAAAUAUUGGGUGCCUCGGCGUAUUGUUCAAUUAAACAUAUUUUUGUUAUCAACAUUACAAACGUACAAGUGUCAAAUGAAAAACUGUAAAUUAUCUAUUUUAAUAUUAAAUUAAUUUUUUUUGUUAAAUCUUGAAAAACAAUAAUUAGAACGAUGCGCUGUUGUACCUUAUGCACAAAUAAUUAUAAAUACACUAUUACAAAAAAAAACAUAGUAUAUAUUUAUAUAUAUAUAAAAAUAAAGAAAUUGUUGAAAUUGACUUUGAUCUGGGCAGGGAUCCAGAGUAUCCUAUAAUAUAAUUAAUAUAUCAGUAUUUCGUGUAUUUUUUUAUAUCAAAGUUGACAAAAUAAUAAUUGUUAAUAUAUUGUGCAAAUAUCAAACUGAUACCGUCCAAUAAUAAAUUUUAAGGAUAACAACUAAACUGUCCCUGUACCCAUUGAAUAAUAUCAAUUAGAGAAACAUGAUUACAAGAGAUGUAUAAUUAAACAAACAAACAAAAGAAAAAAAAAAUACAAAGAGAAAGAGAAUAUAAUUAUAUAGAAGUGUAUGUAUAUUAAGAAACCCUUUUCAAAAUGAACGGGUUUUCCCGCUUUGGAGUGUACAAUAAAACUUAUUUAUAUGACUGAA